CUUCGGAUCUUAUCUUUAUCUUAUCAUAUCGGAGUUUCUCUUCGUAUCAAAACGAAAAUUUCUCGUUGUAAGAGGGAAAAAAUUGUUGGAAUCGAGAAAAGCUAAACGCGAAAAAAAAGCCUCCUCGAUUUUGCUCGUCUCUAUGUCCAUGCAAGGUCGUGUAGGUUAAGGAAAGCGAAUCAAGCUCAGAAGUUUGGGGGAAAGGAUAGCGCUCGAUCGCUGAAGAAAAGCUCUUUGCGCUGGUGAAAUGCAAUCUUUUGGUUUGCUAUACUUUGAUGAAAAGGAUACUACGACUUGUUCUUUGGCAGUAACAAAGUCUUCAGCCUUGGAAUGUCGUCAUUCCACGCUUACAGCGUACUUCGAGUCCAAGUGGACCUCUUGCGUUGGAAGAGUACUCAUCACGUCUUGGCUGCAGCCUAGUCUGAAAUGGGCUCAGCCUGAUUGAUGUGCGACGACAUUCAACUUCCCAACGACAGUUAGCAAGACAUUUCUUGAACUUGAAGGCAUUUAAGUCAUGGCUCCUUACCAGUAUGAACCUCUCGAUUCAAAAGCUUCGGAAAUCAGACUUUUGACGUUGCACCCUGGAUGCUUCUCCGAUCAGCUAUGCGUUUCGCUACACAAAACACAUAUAUCACGAACUUCGAUCCCCCAUUUUGAAGCACUUUCAUAUGUGUGGGGCUCUUUAGAGAAUUUGGCUGAUCUUCGGGUGGGGACCAUUGGUGACACCUAUGUUUCUAUCACCGUGAACCUUGCAAAGGCUCUGCCCUACCUACGAUAUGAGGACAAACCACGGGUCCUUUGGAUUGACGCAGUUUGUAUCGACCAGCAAAACUUGAAAGAACGGGGACAUCAAGUUCAACUGAUGAGAGACAUAUAUGGCUUGGCUAGUAGAGUUGUGGUUUGGCUCGGCCUUGAAGAUCAAGACAGUACUUAUGCUCUAGACUUGAUGGACGAGUUGAGUCGUAAAAUCGACGUUGAUUGGCUUAAUGCUACGAUGCGGCCGUCUCUGUCAGCUGUUGACGAACCCCAAUGGACAGAUCUAACACAGCUCCUGCCUUAUGAAGAGAAAGAGCUUUCUGCACUUUACUUCCUACUGCAUCGUCCCUGGUUCGAAAGGCUAUGGAUCAGACAGGAGAUCCGGCUAGCAAACCCAGAUGCUAUUGUUAUGUGUGGCUUCAAAACCAUCAGAUGGCAAUCUUUCCGCAAUGCACUUUUCUGCUUACGCCAAAAGGCGAAGAAACGCGAGCACCUUGGAGCCAAGGCCGUACCAUUCCACAACAGGAUCGAGAUGAUCUACCAGAUGAGCGACGAUGCCAGUGCUAUUCCCCUUGGUCGACUUCUGCGCCAAACGAAGCACUGUAAAUGUUCAGAUCCUAGGGACAGAAUUUACGCCAUGUUAAGCAUCCUUCAGAAGUCCGAGAGAGAUAUGAAGCUUGAGGUUGAUUAUUCCUUGACGACAGCUGAAGUCUAUCAGAAUUUGGUGCUUCGCUAUAUUGAGCAUUUCAAGAGCCUCAAAAUCUUGGCUUCUUGUGAAAUGCAAGAUGGGCCGCCUAGUAUGCCUUCAUGGGUUCCAGACUGGUCAGUUGCCAACGUAGCUGAUCCAUUGUGGUACGCCAACGCGGACGCCCAGUCUGAGGCAGUGGCAUCGUAUCUUGGAAAUGGUAUCUUACGUGUCUGUGGAACAGUUUCUGCUACCCUGAAAACAACAGAAGAAAUCUUAUUUCAGAAUUCGUCCAACAAGACUCUUGUUUCAGCGGUAGCUCAUUACGCGCCACCCGAUGUGUUAAACGGCUCGUAUGUCAAUAACGGUAGUUUGCUGGAUGCUUACUGUCGUACCCUCUGUUGUGGGUACUUUGGUGAGGAAUAUUUACAACCAUUGGCGCAUUUCCCAAACUUCGAGAAGUCCAAGGCAAUAUUAAAAAACCUGAUAAACGCAGCUGACCCCACGGCCGAAGACUUGUCUACUGGAACUGGCGGACACAGGUUGCUUGAUUGGUUCUGGACCUUUGGUCAAGGUAGGUCUUUCUUCACCGCGGUUGAAGGAUACAUCGGACUAGCCCCAAAGGAAGCCAAACCCGGCGACCAGGUUUGCAUCCUUCUCGGCUGCCCUAUGCCUCUGGUUUUACGUCCACUUAAGAAUAAACGUUAUCGCGUUGUCGGAGAAUGCUAUGCUUGCGGUUUAAUGGGGGCAGAGGCUUUCCUCGGUCCUCUACCAGAGCGGUUUGAGUCACUUCUGAAGUAUGAUUCCGUAUCGUCUGAGUAUGUACGGAUCUAUAGAAAUAUUGAAACUGAACAGAUAUUCGAGGUUGACCCUCGAGUCGAGGCUCAAUCUUUGAACAGACAGUCCCAAAGUCCGGACAACUCCUCAAGUGGAGUUCAGAUAACACCUGAAUUUCUUGCUCAGCGAGGAGUCAUUAUCAAGCAUUUUGAACUUGAAUGA